CCAUAUUGCGGCGUUUGAGGCUGUGUGUGUGUGUAAGGAGCUGUUGUUUCUAGAGGCGUGUGGAGCGUUUUAACCUAGGCGGAUUUCGCGCUGCAAGUACAAGAUCAAGACGUUUGAAUAAGGGGACCGACUGAACUCUGUUACAUCUUUAGAGGAUUUACCUUUAUAAUUAAAUUAAAAAAUGUCAAGGAGGCGGCACAGUGAUGAGAAUGAUGGAGGGCAACCUCAUAAACGGAGAAGAACAUCAGAACCCAUUGAAAUCGAAGAUCGUCUUGAGUCACUAAUAUGCAGAGUAGGCGAAAAGAGUACGUCUUCAUUGGAAAGCAACUUAGAGGGCCUGGCAGGCGUCCUGGAGGCUGACCUUCCAAAUUACAAGAGCAAAAUUCUGCGUAUCCUAUGUGCUGUGGCUCGUCUCCUUCCAGAGAAGUUGACUGUAUACACCACGCUGGUGGGGCUGCUCAAUGCCAGGAAUUACAACUUUGGGGGGGAGUUUGUGGAAGCUAUGGUUCGACAGCUCAAAGAGACCUUGAAGUCAAACUUGUUCAGUGAAGCGGUCUACCUGUACCCCAUGCCCAGGGUCAUCUUCCGUAUGUUUGACUACACAGAUGCCCCUGAGGGCCCGGUUAUGCCUGGGAGUCAUUCAGCGGAGCGCUUCGUGAUUGAGGAAAAUCUUCACUGCAUUAUCAAGUCACACUGGAGAGAGAGGAAGACCUGUGCUGCCCAGCUUCUGAGCUACCCAGGGAAGAAUAAGAUUCCCCUCAAUUAUCACAUUGUGGAGGUGAUCUUCGGAGAGCUCUUCCAGCUCCCUUCACCCCCUCAGAUCGACGUCAUGUACACCACACUGCUGAUUGAGCUGUGCAAGCUUCAGCCCGGUUCUCUGCCUCAAGUUCUUGCUCAAGCCACGGAGAUGAUGUAUAUGCGUCUGGACACAAUGAACACAACGUGUAUAGACCGACUUAUCAACUGGUUCUCCCAUCAUUUAAGCAACUUUCAGUUUAGGUGGAGCUGGGAUGACUGGUCUGAUUGCUUGACCCAGGAUCUCGAAAAACCUAAACCCAAAUUUGUGAAAGAAGUUCUGGAAAAAUGUAUGAGACUUUCCUAUCACCAGCGAAUUGUGGACAUCGUGCCUCCUACUUUCUCUCCGUUGAUUCCAGCAAAUCCCAUUUUCAUUUACAAAUAUAUGGAUGAAAGUAGCAGUUCCCUGCCAGGCUACCCUAUGGCUAUGAUCAUCAGCAAUGCGAUCAAAAACCACUCCACAAAUGAUGAAAUCCUAGCUCUCUUGAAAGAUGUGCCAAACCCCAAUCAGGAAGAGGAUGAUGAUGAGGGAGACAGCUUCAACCCCCUGAAGAUUGAUGCGUUUCUACAAACACUCCUUCAUUUAGCUGCCAAAUCGUUCAGCCACUCCUUCAGUGCUUUAGCCAAGUUUCAUGAAGUGCUGAAGAACCUGACAGACAGUGAUGAAGGGAAGCUGCACAUCCUCAGAGUAGUGUAUGAUGCCUGGAAGAACCACCCCCAGAUGAUUGCUGUGCUUGUGGAUAAGAUGAUUCGUACACAGAUUGUUGAUUGUGCUGCAGUGGCAAACUGGAUCUUCUCCCCAGACAUGGCCCAUGACUUCACCAGGUUCUAUGUAUGGGAGAUUCUGCAUUCCACCAUCCGUAAAAUGAACAAACAUGUUCAGAAGAUCCAGAAAGAGCUGGAGGAAGCCAAGGAGAAACUGGAGAAGCAGCACAGGAGGAAAGACAGUGGUGAUGAAGAUGAGUUUGAAAAGAACAGUGAUGAGGAGGACGGUCAGUUAGAGGAGCAGAUUGAGCGACUACAGGAGAAGGUGGAGUCAGCACAGAGUGAGCAGAAGAAUCUCUUCCUGGUGAUCUUUCAGCGCUUCAUCAUGAUUCUGACUGAGCACCUGGUUCGCUGUGAGACUGGAGGUGUGGACUUCAACACCCCUUGGUACAAGAACUGCAUUGAGAGGCUGCAGCAGAUCUUCCUCAUGCACCAUGUGACGAUCCAGCAAUACAUGGGGACUCUGGAGAACCUGCUGUUCACAGCUGAGCUGGAUCACCACAUCCUGGCUGUGUACCAGCAGUUCUGUGCCCUGCAGCAGUGAGAACCCUUAACCCCUGUGGACACUUAGCAAAAGAGCAGCCACACAGGACAAGGACUUGACAUUUCUUGCAUCAAGAUUUCCAGUUUGAGGCGCCCUUUUCAAUUUUUUGGGGUGGGGGGAUUCAGGAUCUCUAACGUAAAGAAAUUAAAUGUAAGAUCCCUAUUUUGAGAAACAGGUGGUAUUUUACCGACAAAAACAUUGAAAUUUGCUUCUUAUCCCCCAGUUAGCUUCCUUAAAAUUAAUUUUUUGCCUCACUCUCCCCCACCCCAACCUAUAUUUUUCACCAAUUUUAUUGAACCCGUUGAACGUCUGAUGAGGUUAUUAAAAAUUGAAGUAUAGAAAUUCAUGAAAUAUUGGUGAAACCUGUGCUUCAAGUUUUUUCCAUAAUUUGACUAAAUCUGGAUUCAUCAGCCUUCUCGUUUUUACCAUUUUAAGUACUUUAAAUUUCUGUACGACCAUAAGAUGCCGUACAUUGUUCCAGAACCUAGUAUUAAUCAUUAUUACAGAUAAGAAGGGGGUUUACAAAUGGAGGCAAGGUUGUAUGAUUGAAACUGAAACGGAUUCUGUAUGAAAGUAAUGUUGAAAUACACUGGAUCUGUUCCUGUUUUUUUUUAAACGGUGUCCUUUGCUUAUUUUUUCUUUUAAAUCUUGACAGAAUAGUUUCUACCAAACAGGUUUACAUUAAAAAUGUCUUUCUCUGCCAGUGUUUGCAACAUUUGAUUUGAAGAAGCACACCAUGUAAAAGCAUGGAUUGAAUAUGUCCUAUUGUGUAAACCAUUUACUUUAACAUAUGUUUUGAUUUAUAACUUCCCUUUUUAUUUAUAUUGCCAUGAAGUGUUGUGGGGCAUGAUCUCCUUUUGUGUGUAGAGCAGUGCAGAUACUAAGAUGGAUGAUCAUGUGAUGAGAUGUUAUACCUAGUGUAUCAAAAAUAAAGGCAAAAAACUAUAGUACACAUUCCGUUAGGGGUAGUUGGUAUAUAUAAUUAACAGUUUUCCGAUUCAGAAAUGAAGCCUUUUUGUGUUCUCAGAUGGGUUACCCUGCGGGAGAUCUUUUCAAGGUUAAGGUAGCAAACGUCUUCAGAUUUUUAGUUGAUUUCUUUCCCAUUGCAGGUAAUUAUAUCAAACUUAAAGCAAGUUAAAAUAGCUGACCAGCCUUACUAUUCACUUAUUGCAAAAUUGGAUUGCAAAAUUUCUUUGUCUUUCUUUUCUAAUUGGAUACAGGCAAAGGCAUGACCAUGAAAUCAACCAUCGCAAAUAGCCAAAUUCACUCUUCUACCAUUGCAUAAUGUACUACAGUAUAUAGUAUGUAUGGUUAAAAAACGAAGUCUUUUUAUGGUUAAAGUUUUAUGGUUACUAAGGUUAAAGACAUUACGUAACCCUCCUUUAUAUGAUACUUAAAGUACUAAUGCAUUGGCUUUAAGUUGUUUAUAAUAGAUUGAUCAUCUAAAACUACGCACAAACGUAAUCAUCUACAAUAAACAACAUAAUUCCCUCUUCUGCAUCCAGCAGUACCUGCACUGUUUCAGCCUUCACAGCCAAUACCCUGCUCUGUGAUGAACAUUCCCACUGUAAUGGAAAGGGCAAUAAAACUGUCAGUGAGCCUGUUAAGUCA